UGCAUUUCCUCAGCAUGUCGCCAUUCUUCUCUCCUCCACCGGAAACCCCACUGAAUCGCAAACUUCACUUUUAUGUUCGCGGAGGCAGUGAAUUUUUAACAGGACUUCGUCGGUGUGUUGAGUUUGGUCGUUAUGGCCGCCUGAAUCAGACUAGCUAAAUUCUCACAGUGCAUGGUUGUCUUUCGAUUAUAUCUAAAUUACAGAAAGUUUUGCACGGGAUUUCCGGAUUAACGCAAAUAUUUGUUAGGAUUUUUCUUGGGGGUUAAAUUUCAAACAUGCAGCCUCCGCCGAGAAAGGUCAAGGUUACCCAGGAGCUGAAACACACUCACGCUGAGCAGAUAAGCAGACUACACAUCAAACAUCAGACAGAGUGUGACCUACUGGAGGACCUGAGGACAUUCAGUCAGAAGAAAGCUGCCAUAGAAAGGGACUAUGCCCAGGCUCUACAGAAGCUGUCCAAUCAGUACCUGAAAAGGGAAUGGCCAGCCAGCCUACCAGAGGAGCCCACAGAACACAGGAACAUGUAUACAGUUUGGAAGGCCUACUUGGAGGGCACGGUGCAUGUGACCCAGUCCAGGAUCACGGCCUGUGAGAACUACAGGAACCAGGUGUCGGACCCAGCCAAGACUGCCAGGCUGCAGAAGGAGCAUCAGCUCAGGAAGUGUAUUGACCAGCUGACGCUGGUGCAGGCAGAGCUGCAGGACUCUGUGAAGGAGCUGGCCAAGACCAGGAAGAAGUACCAGGAGACUGAGACCAUGGCCCAGGCAGUCAGAGACAAGGCUGAGCAGGAUGCCAAGUCCAAACUGAGUCUGUUCCAGUCCAGGUCCAGUCUGCAGCGGGCCAGUGUAAAGCUAAAAGCCAAAAGGAGUGAGUGUAACUCCAAAGCCAACCACGCCAGGAACGACUAUCUGCUCACGCUAGCAGCGGCUAAUGCCCACCAGCAGCGUUACUAUGACACGGACCUGAUCGACUGCAUCAAGGUUCUGGAUGGGGGCAUCUAUGAGCAGGUGAAGGACUACCUGGUCUCUCUGAGCCAGACGGAGUUGGAGGCCUACCAGGCUGUACACGACACCUUCAAUGUCGUCCUGGAGAGCUCCAACGGGGUGACGCAGGACUUCCAACAGCAGCAGUUUGUACAGCACAACCCAGUGUUCCACAGCGCCCCAGCCAUCCUCUUCCAACCCAGCGACACUGACAAGGUGGGGCAGCUGCAUAAGCAGAGUGGCACAGCGGAGGAGCACAAUCUGGAUAAGGAGGCACGGAAGUGGGCGACCCGAGUGGCACGAGAACACAAGAGCAUCAUCCACAGCCAGCGGGCCCUGGAGGACUAUAGGACACAGCAGGGGCCAUCUGAGCAGAACUGCAGUGAACUGGAACUCAAAAUGGAGGUGGCCAGGGAGAACCUGCGGAGAGCUGAGACGGUGAAACUGAAGGCGGAGGCUCGCCUGGCCCUGCUGAGAGAGGCAGGCAUCACUGUGGAGACGUGGCUGAAGAGCGCCAUGAACCAGGUGAUGGAGGAGCUGGAGAACGAGCGGUGGGCUAACCUGAACACCCAUGACCCUUCACUCUCCGGUACAGCUGACCUGGAGAGGGAGGAUGAGGAGCUGGAGGAUAGUGGAGAGGUGUUGGACGACAGCAGCUCUAUCCCCUCCUGUACUCUCAGGAACUACCCCCUCACCUGCAAAGUGCUCUACUCAUACAAGGCGUCACAGCCAGACGAGCUGACCAUCGAGGAACAGGAGGUGCUGGAGGUUAUUGAUGAUGGGGACAUGGAGGACUGGGUCAAGGCCAGGAACCGGACGAGCCAGGUGGGUUACGUCCCGGAGAAGUACCUGCAGCUGCCCUCGUCUAACAGCCUACUGAGCAUGCUCCAGGCUCUGGCCGCCCUGGACGCCCGAUCCCACUCCUCCAGCAACUCCACCGAGCCCGAGCUGCUUGAAUCAGAGCUGCCCACACCGGGCACGCCCAGCGUCAACGGCGACUCCAGCAGUGUGUGCUUUGCCAAGGCCCUGUACGACUAUGCGGGCCAGACAGACGAGGAGCUCUCGUUCCCUGAGGGCGCCAUCAUCCGCGUCCUGAGCCGUGAAACCCACGAGGAUGAUGGCUUUUGGGAGGGCGAGUUUAACGGCGCCGUUGGCGUCUUCCCCGCCGUGCUGGUGGAGGACCUGCUGGCGGAGGGUGGCUCCAUUGCAGACGGCGAGAAUGGCGACAGCCUAGGAGAGGCCAACAGCAGCACGCAGGUGUCACCCUCUCCUCUUUCUGAGUGCUCCCCACGGAGCCCCUUUCAGCUGGGCCCGUUCCACAGCAGCCCCCUCCAGACCCCCACUCUGCCCUCACCCCAGUCCAGCCCCUCUAGUGCCAGUGCCUCCCCCAUACCUCGCCCACCCUCCUACAUCAACGGUCACCAUAGGCCACCGCCUGCACCACUCAAAAGCCCCUUACAGAGUCCUUCCCAGAGCUCCACCCAGCCCCCCAGGUACCCAGCAGAUCGUGGUGCGGGAGGCACCAUUCGACCUGUCCGCGCUGCUCCACCACCCCCCAAGCCGCAGCAGCCUCGCGGCCAGGUGAAGAGAAGGGAGGAGGUGGAGAUCACUCUGGUGUAAUGGCGCCGCCCUGGUGGCGGUGGCUGCUGCCCACAACCACACCAGGUCAGAACGGACCUGAUGGAUCCAGGUGCCCCGACUGACUGACCCCCCUCUUCCAGGGAGGGACAACAGGCUCCAGAGCCCCUAAACCAGCCUAUCCAGCCAAGGGGUAUCCCCACUCCCCACUGGAGAGGCUCCAUGAGAUGAGAUGAGGCCUGAGACUUGGCUCGUCUCAGUCCACAGCCAGUAGGGCUGAAAUGGUGUGUGGUGCGGAGAACCCAAACUAUUUUGCCUUUCUGACAGUUUUCAACCCUACAUCCCUCUUUCUAUCCUCUCUCGUUCUUUAUUAUUUUUCUAUUACCCAUUGUUUUUUUUUGGUCUGUCUCUCAUUUUCUCCCUCCUGUAUUUGUGCUGUAUCUCUCACAAUGUUUUCUCUCUCUCUACCUCCCUCUAUUUCUCUAUCUCACUCACCUUCAUAACUGGGCAUUGAGCUAUUGGGGGGGGGUAUUUUCAAGCAAGAUAUCACCAUUUGAUUACUAUGCAUCAAAGUUAUGCUAAUUUCGUGGGAGGAUUGUACAUCUGUCACAGUUUUAAACAGCUAAAGUCCAAGUCAGAUAUGUUUGGUUCUUGGUGGGUUGUGUUUUUGUUGUCAACACAUUUCAUGGAAAUUCACGGCAGAGGCUGGUAACUUUCCCAUACCUGAAAUACCAACGUCUUCAAAAUAAGUGUUCUUAACAUUUCAUAAACAACGGAAAAGUGGCAAUUUUGGAGGGAUGUAACUGAUAUAGAUAGAAAUUGCCCCAUUGAGAGCUAAAUCUGGAUCACACUAUGUGAAACCAGAACAAAACUGCCCCUGAAACUGUUGAUUAUUCCUAUUCUAUAACAAAUGUCAAAUGUCUUUGUACAAUUUCUUUGUAUUAAAAGGUGGGACAUUUCAAAACAGCCAGGGGUAAUCUGUAGUGUAUCUAUGAGUAAAUGUACACUAUCUUUGUGCUGUUUUCUGUUGAAAAAACAAAGCUAUGUUGUCAUCAAUACUAAUCCAGGCUUAAACUAGCCAAUAAUAAUGGUCGCUGGUGAGAAUAAUUCUUAAUUCAGGAAUGCAGAUGGGUCAUAGUUCAGGACGGAAUGCAUCGCAAGGUGAUUUGCUGUCGUGGGGAGCGUCAUUGGUACUGUGAUGUGACCCUGGGUCGGACUUGCCUUCAUGUUCAGGGAGGAGAAUCACCUUAGUUCCUAGCUACCUACAGGAAAUGUGAACUGACUAAAAUACUGAAGCACUUUUUUGUUAUUCUUUUGUUAAUGCCCUUUUCAGUAUUGCUGGUUGGUCUCUUGUGAAUGCUGCAUUGUUUCUCCUUUAAUUGUUUUUGCUCCAACUAUAUUGUUAUCAGUAUUGUUCUACUUGUUUUUUUAAAAGGCAUUUGACUUAUUUAGUCUUAAAUAGCCAUUGUAGUGUCUUGUGUUGGAGGUAUGCUUUUUCAUAUAAUGUAUGUAAUAUUAGUUUACAAGGAGCUUGGGAGAUAUCUGUGCAGCAAAUUUACGAGGAUAAAAACAUAUGGAAACUUAUUGAUAAAUGUUAGUUGUUGAUCAGAGAAAUGAGUAUCUGUCAGCCAUGUUUACUGUGAUCUCCUUAAGAUCUGAAUGUAAAACUUAUUUUUGAAGUUGACAUUUACCGUUUUAUUGAACGAUUGCAUGUUGUGAAAUACACACUUUCCCACAAUUGUAAAGGUUAUUUAGUUCUGUUUCCGAUUUAUUUUCAGAUACAGUAGAAACAAGUGACCCGCUACGAGCGUUUCCCAAACUCAGUCCUGGGGAUCCCAAGGUGUGCACGUUUUGUUUUUUGCUCUAACACUACACAACUGAUCCAAAUAAUCAUAACUUGGUGAUGAGCCAGCCCAUUAUCUGAAUAAGCUGUGGAGUAAUAGUGCAAAAAACAAAACGUGCACCCCUUGGGGUCCUCAGGACCAAGUUUGGAGAACGCUACGCUACUCUGAUGUAGUCUACAGCAACAGUAGAGAAGCCAAAAUAUUUCAUUGAAUAUAUAGAAAAUAAAAUGGUGUGAAUAAAAUUAGCUGAAAUCUA